AAAAUAAAGAGGGAGACAAAGAGGGAGAGAACCUUUCAAAUGUCAAAAAAUGACGUUGCUUUGUUUUAACACCGCACUCUGUGUGACAAGUGGAACUCAAAUGUAGCUCACAAGGCCGAGUGUUAACGGUAAUUUAUCCAUUGCCAAAAUUAAAAUGUGUGUUGCUGUCAAACACAUCAGUUUUUGCGUCGCAGUAAAUUGGUAGAUAUCAAACAGCAAACACCGUUUCUGUUGGUGAUUGAUUUUGGAGACACAUCGAAAAUGUUUCGAAGCGAACCAUUGAUUUGUCUUUAUCUUGACAAUGUGCCCGACAUUCAGAAAGCAAUCAACAUGGGAAAAAAGACAACAUACGAUCGAAUUGUGCUACGUGUAGCAACUCCACAGUCUGGACAACGUGGUAACGAUAAAAAUGGAAACAAAAUUAAACCAUUCACACGAUCGGAUCUAUUGCUGAGCGGUGAAGAAUGGCGCAGAAACACCAUUCUAAAAGUUGGCGAAUUUGGUGAUUGUGAAUCACGGUGUAAACACGUUCAAAAACAAUCGAUACGCAAUUUGAAUGAGGAAAUUAAUUGGGCCAAGCAUUUGGACAGCAUUGUGUGUGUCACUAUCACGUUGUAUAACGACGAGUCGUUCAAUAUGGCACGACAAUUGCUGGAAAAAUUCGACCAAGGAGGCUGUGUACUGGCCGAAAUGACAAUCGUCGACAAAUCAUUCUUUACGCAAAACUAUAGCAAAGACGAAAAAACGAUCAAGCAGUCACAGGCCAGCACAAUGGUAUGGCAACGGUGGAACAAAUUCCGUCUGUCCAUCGAUUUUGAUAAAUACUUCAAGAUCGCUUUGGAGUUGACUCCGACCAUGCCAAACGAGUGUGAAUUGCGGCGAUGGUUUGCGGAACCAGUUGAAUUGAUAAUCAUUCCAUCGAACAUGUUUGAGCUGUCAAACAACAAUAAUCAAAUCAGCUUGAAGGAAUGCUAUCGAUAUGUGUGUCAGGAAUUUUGGAAUCAUACCAGUGCCAGUUUUGCUGUUCGUUGCACGUAUGAUGAUCCUUGGAUUGAUAACUACCCGAAAAUCCUUCGUAGUGCUCUGGCGGUGAAUCGUUUCAAUGGUGUUAAACAUGAAUGCAAUUAUUUCAGUGGAUUCGGCUUGAAAUUGCCAUUGACACCAGAUGACCACAUCAACAAGUGCGCCAAGUAUCAUGAAAAGAUGCACAAUGUUUAUGCCAAAGCGAUUCGCUUGGCAAUUGAAGAUCGACUUCAAAUAAACGACAAGGUCCGUUUGAUGAUUUGUGGUGCUAAUGGGUGGAAAUUGCUUGAACCAGUGAUGGCCAUCAUUGACAAUUCGAAAACCGUCGAAGUGUUUGUCUUUGAUGAAGAUCCCUGUGCACGAAUUUCGAUAAAGGAAGCCAUCGAACAUUUGUAUGCCGACCGAAAUACAAAAAUUACCAUUUUGGCUGAUGCAAAUGCCGAAGAGUAUUUCGCUGAGAUGGAUAUUGUUGUUUCGAUCACUUCGAGAGCGAUUUAUGAGAGUCAAUGCUUGCAAUUCAAUUUUAAUCGAGUUCACGAAUACAUUCGACCAGAUGCGAUUUUCAUACCCGGUCAAUCAAGCAUCUCCAUUGUGCCGAUAACAUGUGCGCUGGCCUAUUCUACGCUACAUGAGGGUGCAUUGAAAUUCAAUCACAGAAACUCCGCGCAUGAAUUACAAAGUUAUGAAAUACGAGCACAAAUCGUAUGCCCGCUGUAUACUCGAAAUUUUUAUGAGUGUGCCGAUGCGCAUGAGUUGUUUUCAUUCAAAUACCAAUGUUCGUACAAUGAUCGAAGUAUUCGUGUUACAACUGACAGUCGCACGAAGCGUUCGGAAUUCGUUUUAGAUCGUGAAGCGGUAGUCACAGGUUUUGCUGGCUAUUUUCAAGCCGUAAUGUACAAAGACGUAACAUUGAACAAUCGAACCAUGUUCAAUAAUCACAACAUCGGCUGUAUCCCAAUGGCGUAUUUCCCAUUGAAAUGUCCCCAGACGUUGAGUGCACAGGAAAAACUGAAAACUGCCUUUUGGCUGCAUAUCAAUGCCGAUAAACAGGAAUGUUGGUAUGAAUGGCACACCAUGGCACCCAUUCCAACAUCGUUCCAGAAUUUAAAAGGCGACUCAUAUACUCUACGUCAUUCGUAAACCAUCGCAACAUCAAUUCAAACAUUACACAUUUUUGUUUAAUUUUUUUUUCUCUAUUUUAUUCACAUUAUUUAAGCCUUAAUUUAGUGGAAUUUCAGAGCUCAUUCCGAGUUCGACCAUUUACAAUUUUCCUAUUUAUAUUAAGAAAUCAAAUAUUUUUUGCCGUACGUCUGAACCUUGCGUUCGAAUUGCGGCGAUUUGAUCGCAGUAUUCUGUGUAUAAAAUGGAUUCAGCGAAUGUUUCAGAUACACUUCGUACACAUCGUUGAAGAAGUUCUUUAUUCCCUCAUCAUUUCGAUUGUCAUGGACAAUGAUGAAUCGAAUCUGACUAGCGGUUACAAAUGCUGACACAAACCAUUGAUUGAAUUUGUCGAUCGACUUCAAAUACAUGUUAUUCGUUUUCCAUUUGUGCUGAUUUGAAAGAGAAAAGACAUUUAUGAAAAUGUUAUAUUUCGACAGAGAUUAUGAAGAAGAAAAGCAAAUAAAUAGUACCUCAUCAACUAAA